CCAGACUCUCCGACCAUCAUUGGUGUCCAUCACUCACAGCUGUGAUCCAACCCACAGAAAUGUCAAGUGAAUCGUGACGUCGUGUACCUGUAAUUAGCACCAAGGAGACAGGUGGAGACAGCCGUGUGAGCCCCGGCCAGUGGCCCUAAGACAGUGUCAGAGAGCCUUAGAGUGGCGGCCCGAAGAGUGACCAAGGGUGACCCAAGAGUGGCAGGGCCGGGUCCUCGAGGGUGACCUCUUGCCAUACACUCUGCAACACUCACAGACAUGAUGAGCGCCUUCCCCUACCCGGCCAUGUUGGGGGUGCAGCACCUGAUGGGCGGAGACCUGCGCCCCUCCCAGCUGGGCCCCGCCCGCCGCCCAGACCACGACCCCACCACCACGCCCACGCCAUAUUACCACCGCGACCUCCACCACGCCCACGCCAGGGACGACCAUGCGGCUUCCCGCGACUCUAUGCAACUACUCCGCAACGACCUUCUUGGACUCAAUCGCAGUCACAUGGUUGCGCGGGACAUGGCGGGCGCGGCGCCUCAGGAGGACCCGGGGGCCGCACGGAGCAUGCCCACGCUCCAGCCUCUGGAACAUUCCAUGGCAGGCAACAUAGAGAACCAGGACCCCGCCAGUGGGCGCGGCUCCCCCGCCGUCAAGGAAGAACGCGACCCCCGCGACGACAACACGACCGGCUCCUGUAGCGACGACGAGUUGCCCCGCGGCCCCGGGGGGCCUCCGGGAGCCCUACCAUCUGGCACUAAAAAAAUCCGCCAGCAGAAACAUGUAAGACUUUCUGUCAAUGCCCGCGAGCGACGACGCAUGCACGACCUAAACGACGCCCUGGAUGAGCUGCGAUCAGUUAUCCCCUACGCCCACUCCCCCUCCGUCAGGAAGCUCUCAAAGAUUGCCACACUUUUACUGGCCAAGAAUUUCAUCCUCAUGCAAUCCAACGCCAUUGAAGAGCUGCGGCGGGUGGUGACUUACCUCAACCAACCUGGCGCCCAUUUGCCGCAUUUGCCACCCUCAGUGGCCUUCGAUACCGGCAGCAGCCUGGGGAGUGAGGCCGUCCUGCCCACAACACCAGGCUUCCCCCGCCUCCCCCCACAGCCCCACAAUGCCCCUCGCAGCACUAAGCUGCAACAGCCGCUCUUUAACGACCCUUCGCCACCCUUCAAGUCCCAGUCAUAACUAUGGUUGGGCAGCAGGAGGCGGUGAGGGCGCUAGUGAGGUGCCACGUCUAGUGAGGCACUAGUGAGGUACCACGACUAGUGAGACACUAGUGAGGUACAACGACUUGUGAGACACUAGUGAGGUACCACGACUAGUGAGGCACUAGUGAGGUACCAGGGACUAGUGAGGCACUAGUGAGACACUAGUGAGGUACCACGUCUUGUGAGACACUAGUGAAGCACUACUGAGGUACCAGAGACUUGUGAGGCACUAAUGAGGUACCAGGACUAGUGAGCCCCAACACCACUCAGCAGGAGGUCAGCAGGUCGUGCACUCGCCGCCUCUCUCGAGCGUUGACACAAAGUCUUGCCGGAAGCCCCAUGAAGAGCGCCGUUAUCCUCCCCACCAACACAACCACUCUCUCACCACAUUACCUACACUCUACCACCCUUACCACCAGGGCGACACAUUCACCAAGCACUUACGCCAGCACUUACGAACCUGGGACCAGAUUCACGAAGCACUUACGAACCUGGGACCAGAUUCACGAAGCA